AUGUUUCACCGCGACUACGACGUCUGGAUCAGCGACGUCGACGGUCGCCGAAUCCCCGAAUACAACAUGCAGAUGGAGGGCGCGGACGGGUUGAAGACCGUGACGUGUUACAUACCCAGCGAGAGCGGAAAACGUUUCAUCAUUAACUGGAAGGAUCACGGCAGCCCACAUCACACAAGCUUCAAAUGCUACCUUGACAGCAAGCUGGCUGGUAGAACUACAUGCAGACCUAAUGGUAGCGGGCAUCGCAUCGGAUUGCGCACGACGAUGGACAAGGCGAGCUACAGUCCCUACCAGUUCGCAGACCUCCGUACAACAGACGACGAAACUGCGCUAUGGGUAGCGGGGUCUCUAGAAAAGCUGGGCACUAUCGAGGUCCACGCAGUGCGCAUCCACGCACACAAGCGUGCCGUACCAUUUAAACCGUAUGGCUUUCAAAGCGUGGAUGCGGUUCAUGAGCGCAGCAAGAAGCUUGGCGCUCACUGCGUAACCCUUGGUGGACCGGUCUCUCACGGCAAGUCGUCUGGACAUUAUGAUGUCACGCCGAUAUAUCCGCACGAGGGUCCAUACGCGACCUUCGUUUUCCGUUACAGGCCUCCAGCUCUCCUUCAGGCGCAGGGAAUUAACCCUCCCGCGGCACCCGCAUUUGGCCGAAACUUCGGCACAGGAAAGGGCAAAGGACGCGCCCAUUCCGUCGAACUUUUCAUCUCUGGUCCGUCGCGCAUCAAACCCGAGAAAUCAAGAGGAAGGGGUGGCGGGAAGGCGGGGCCCAGUCAUGCCUCGGGUUCAAAUUCAGGUCCAGGCGACCAAUCAGUGCAGUCAGACGUUAUCGAGCUGUUCGAUUCUGACUAUGAAGAAGUAGACCGCAAGCCCAUCAUCCAUCGGUCGGGCAUGACACGACCCAUAAAACCCGAACGCGUUAAGGCCGAUUCCGGCGACGUGAUAGACCUGACGCUCGAUGAUUAA